GCUAGGCUAGGCAGGGUAAUUCAACAUUAUAUUAUGGUUCUAAAACAACCCAACUUUUCAAACUCAUCAUCAUCUUCUCCAAUGAAGGUGAUGAGCUGGUAUGUGAAGCAGCUAGCAUGGUAUUGCUGUGUUAGCUACAUCUUUGUCUUCAUCCUUGUACCCACAUUAUUAUUGUUUAAAUUUCCUCCUCCUGUCAUCGUCCAACAUUAUUAUGCCUCCUCACAGCUCCUCCUCCUCCACUUAUACAAGCAAGGAAUCACUACUCUCCCAUACGCUGCUGCUGCAGAAGCAUUCUUCAGUAGUACUCCUCCCCAAUUCAUAAUAAUGAUGAUCAUCUUCUGCGCAUGUGCAUGUGCAUGUGCAUUUGGAUACCUUAUUAUUAUAUCCUCCCGACCUCGUGCCGUCUACCUAGUUGACUAUGCAUGUUACAAGCCCCCUGCCAACCACCGUGUCCCCUUCGCCACCUUCAUGGAGCACUCCCAACUGGUCUUCCCCACACACCCUAAGACUAUCUAUUUUCAGAAACAAAUCCUUGAACGCUCUGGCUUGGGGGAGCGCACUUGCGUCCCACCCGCUAUACAUUACAUCCCCCCUACUCCCACCUUGAAGCUGGCCAGGGAAGAGGCUCAAACCGUCAUCUUCUCUGUUAUGGACCAACUUUUGGCUAAGACUCAGCUCAACCCCAAACACAUCGAUAUUCUCAUCGUCAACUGCAGCAUGUUCUCCCCCACUCCUUCCCUCUCUGCCAUGAUCGUUAACAAAUACAAACUGAGGAGUAACGUGAAGAGCUUUAAUCUGUCGGGGAUGGGUUGUAGUGCGGGUCUAAUAUCCAUAGAUUUGGCCCGAGAUUUGCUUCAAACCCACCGCAACUCAAAUGCAGUGAUUGUUAGCACCGAGAUUAUCACUCCCAAUUCGUAUCUGGGGAAGGAGAGAUCAAUGCUUCUUCCUAAUUGCCUUUUUAGAACGGGAGGAGCGGCGCUUCUAUUGUCGAACAGGAGGGUGGAUGGGGAGCGGGCAAAGUACCGACUGCUCCACGUUGUGAGGACACAUAUGGGGAACAAAGACAAGUCAUACAAAUGUGUGUUCCAGCAGGAAGAUGAAGAGGGGUUUGUGGGGAUAAACUUGUGUAUAAACCUGAUGGAAGUGGCGGGGGAGGCAUUGAAGUCGAAUAUAACAAGCAUAGGUCCUCUUGUGCUACCGGUAUGGGAACUAGUGAUGUUCGUGGUGGGGGUGGUGAGGGGGAAACUGAUGAGUAGCAAAUCCCAAUCCUCAUCCCCUAAUAAUAAUAAGAAGGUCCCAGACUUCAAACGGGCAUUCGAACAUUUCUGCAUCCACGCUGGAGGACGGGCUGUAAUAGAUGAGCUGCAGAAAAAUCUAGAGCUCUCGGGUGAGCAUGUAGAGGCGUCUCGGAUGACGCUGCACCGAUUUGGGAACACGUCUUCAUCUUCACUGUGGUAUGAGAUGAGUUACAUUGAAGCUAAAGGGAGAAUGAAAAGAGGAGAUAGAGUGUGGCAGAUUGCUUUCGGGAGUGGAUUCAAGUGUAACAGUGCAGUUUGGAAAUGUAAUAGGACCAUUCACCCUCCAGUACUGGACACUCCCUGGGCCGACUGCAUUCAUCAAUAUCCAGUUUAUAUUCCAGAUAUCCUCAAGGUUUAGCUAUCCCUCAUAUCCUCCCCUCCCAUGCAUGCAUCAAUAAUCAAUUCCUCCGCCCCUCCCCGCCCCCUACACCUACAAUCACAAUCCAAUCAAUAAUAUAUGCACCCUAGCUACCUCCUAAGCUAAAUAUUCUACGUACACUACGCUACAUCUAUCAUCGAUAUCUAUCUAUAUCCUAUGCCAACAAACAACAUUACUCCGCCCAUUUACUUUAUAUAUCUAUAUCUAUCUUAGCCCAUUCAACUUUAGUUUAAAUAAUUGCUAAAGAUCAUCACCAUAUCUACUCUACUUGUACUAAAUAACUGUCAUAUAUAUAAAUAUCAUUGAUUUG